AUGGAGUUGGUGGCCCCAUGCAAGCGUUCCUGGAGGUGUGCACUCUUUUCUGUGAUGGUGUUGGCUGCAAUAUGGUAUUUCCAAGCCGCCAUAGCUUCACAGAACUUGUGUGAACAUCUGAGACCUCAGAAUCUUGCUAGUGCGGACGGCGCUGAUGCAAAUUCAGUGCCUCCAGGAAGAUGGUGUACUCGUUCAUGGUAUGAGAGCAGCAGCAUCGAGAAGCUUUUCUACCGCAAUGCAGAUGUCUUGACUGCUAAUCGCACCAUUUUGUGCGAGACUCUGAAGCCUUGGAACUACGAAGACAGUUGGCGAAGACCCAUCCGAGAAGGCAGAGCUCGCAGUCCGCAGAGUACUAUGUUUUCCACACUGUGCAGGGAAGGGUUCAGACCACAAGUGCUCGAGCCAUUGGCGGGGGUACUUCGAGAUCCACGAUUCCUUUGUGAUUUUGAUAGUCCUGAUACGAACAUACAUCUGGGAACCAGAGACUGGUUGGUCAUGGCCGACAGCUCCGACUACCCACCGCAGCCAGGCACUAGGCGACUCUUCUUCGAUGCGGGUGGGACGACUUUCGCGCCAGUGAUGCAAUGGUUUGCGCAGACAUAUGAGGACAGGGGUUUGCCGCUGGAUGAGAUCUAUGUGUGGGAGGUGAAGAACAUUUCAGAGGCUGAUUAUUGGGCCAACGUCCCAGAACACAUCACGAAUCGCUAUAAGCCAAAGCUGACUCGAUACAAUGCAGUGGGCAUCGUAACUGGUCUUGGGGCAGAGCAUAAUCCAAUGACUCAGAUCCACAAGAAAUGCCGUGCGCAAGAUUUUUGCGUAUUCAAGCUGGACGUAGAUACACCGUCGGUGGAAAUGCCCAUCGUCCACCAGCUCAUCGAAAACCCUGGCCAUGUCAGUGAGUUUUUCUUUGAACACCACGUUUGGUCUCCGCUCAUGUUCAAGUGGUGGGGUACGCGGUCAGGUGUCAACGGAACAUUCCAGUACAGCUACGACAUCUUCACCAGACUGAGGCAGAAGGGAAUUCGUGCACAUUCCUGGAUCUGA